UGUCUUUGGCGGCGGCAGUGGCGUUCCGGAGAGAGGCGAGCUCGCGACGGAGUCUCGCGCCCGAGCGAGCAUCGCCUCCCUCAGCGGGCGCGCGCGGGCGUCGCGCUCUCCCCGAUGCUUCUUCCCUCCUAGCUUAGGCGAAGGGGACGCCACUGGAGGAAGAGCGAGACGUCGGGAAGGGAGAAAGAGAUGCUCUCUGCGGCUCACCGGUUGCUCCGAAGCUGCCGAGGGAGAUGGCGAGCCCCGUCUCGGAUUCCGAUGCUUCCUGGCCCUCCUUUGGCCGAGGGAGGGCGAAGUCCGGGCGGCUGCCUUCCCCUCCGAAGGGUCCGGUUGCAGAUGCUGUGGGUGAGACGAACUGGAAAUUUGAGGCACCACAGAAGAGCCCUCUAUAGCACUCUAGUGCCACCUGAUGAAGUAACUGUUCAUUAUAAAUAUGGUCUGCCUGUGAUAACACUUACAUUGCCAUCAAGAAAAGAACGUUGCCAGUUUACUAUCAAGCCAAUGCUAACAACUGUGGGCACCUUCUUACAGGACAUAAAGAGAGAAGAUAAUGCAAUUGAAAAGGUAGAAGUCUUCACAACAGAGGGCAGCAGGAUUUCAAAUUCGGUGUCGAUGGAAGUUCUGCUAAUGAAUGAUUUUAAACUCAUUGUCAAUAAUGCAGAAUAUAGUGUACAUCCACCACUGAAAGAUAAAAUGAGCAAAGAGCAUGCCACAGAGAUAGAUGACAUCAAGUCAACAGUCCAUAAAUUAUUUGUAGCCCUUCACUUAGAAGAGCACCAGACAAGAAAAGAGAAAGAGCUAAUGCAAAAAAUGGAACUUCUGAAGGAAGAACUGCUCCCUUUAGAACAGAUGAAAGCUAGAAUUGCAGCAGAUAUUGAUGGAAAGACUUCUCGCCUUCUAUGGAUUGGUUUAGCCUUAAUGUCUACUCAGGGUGGAGCCCUGGCUUGGCUCACCUGGUGGGUCUAUUCAUGGGACAUUAUGGAACCUGUUACUUACUUUAUCACUUACGGAAGCGCCAUGGCAUUCUAUGCAUACUUUGUACUUACUAAGCAGGAUUAUAUUUACCCAGAUGCUCGAGACAGACAAUUCCUUCACUAUUUUCACCGGAAAGCUAAAAGCCAGAACUUCAAUAUGAUUCUGUAUAACAAGCUAAAAGAGGACCUAGACGAGGUGGAAGAAUCCUUGAAACGACUGAGGAACCCCUUACAAUUACGGCUCCCAGUGCAAGAAAUUAAUGACAAACAUUAAUUUUAAGUUUCAGCCUGUUGAGUUCCCUUAAAAAAUUACAAACUGGACAUUUCGACCCACUAUAUUAAAGCUGAAUGUACAAGACUUUACAAAAAAAA